GGAGAAGAAAGGAUCUUUGUUCCAUUGUUUCCGGCGACACUAAGCUCAGUAUUUCACUUCCUGAAUCCUCAAAAAGGGUGAAUUUUCCAGAUUCUUGGUGAAUUUGUUUCUCAGGAUGUUGAGAUGAAAGAAAGGAGCCCGAUCUCUCCGCUCAGGCGCAUUUUGGUGAAUUGUGGGGCACAGGCAAAAGAUUAUGGGGCCUGUGUGGCUGCUAAAGUUCCGCAAGUUGAACGUGAUAUGUGCUUGAAAGAAUUUGUUGCACUGAAGAAUUGCAUGCAGAAUACGCUCCGCAGAAAGGCUUAAGUGCACACUCUUGUAUCAAUAUAGGGUUUGGACAUCAUCAAUUGCAUGAACAUUGUAGUUGAAACUUGAAAGGAAUAGAAUUUUGGCAACAUGUCUGGGAAAGCAUCAAGUUCACAGUCUACUACUGGCUUUGGGUCAGGUGGUCUGUCACACGUUUAUAUCCAGCAUCAGCCUCUACAUUGCAGCAUUCGUGGAUCUAGGGGUUUAUUUUAUGAUGAUGGAACUAAGUUGCUCAUUUCCACAACAUCUAAUCAGGUCAUUUCAUGGAAAACUGUUCCCUUUUCCCCUUUUGCCAACCCUACCACUGAUUCAAUUAGUGAAGGACCCAUAUUAGCUGUUAGGUUUUCUCUAGAUGAAAAGCUGAUUGCGGUCCAGCGGUCUAACAGCGAGAUACAGUUUUGGCUUAGAGAAACAGGUGAAGCUUUCAAUCAAAAAUGCAAGUCCGAGUCAGAGAGCAUACUGGGAUUUUUCUGGACAGAUUGUCCAUUAUGUGAUAUUGUAGUUAUAAAGAACAGUGGCUUAGAUUUGUAUGCUUUUGAUCUCGUCUCAAAAACGCUUAUCCUGGUGGAGACAAGGAAAUUGAAUGUUAGUUGGUAUGUCUACACUCAUGAGAGCCGAUUAGUUCUUCUUGCUUCUGGAAUGCAGUGCAAGACUUUCAAUGGAUUUCAGCUUUCAUCGGCAGGCAUUAUUCGAUUGCCAAAGUUUGAGAUGGUAAUAGCUAAAUCUGAAGCUAACAGUAAGCCUGUCCUUGCUGAUGAAGAUGUCUUUAUUGUCACCAUCUAUGGGAGAAUAUACUGCUUGCAAAUUGAUAGAAUUUCUAUGCUACUUCACUGUUAUAGAUUUUACCGUGAUGCUGUUGUACAACAGGGUUCUCUGCCAAUAUAUUCAAGCAAGGUUGCCAUAAGUGUAGUGGAUAAUGUACUACUUGUGCACCAAGUAGAUGCAAAAGUUGUUAUACUUUAUGACAUAUUUUCUGAUUCUCAAACUCCCAUAUCCGCCCCACUUCCUGUACUUUUGAGAGGUCUCCCAAGGUCCAAUAGUUUAACCUCUCAAUCUAAUGGUGGAGAAAGUGAAAGUUCAGAGACCUCUAAUACCAAUGAUCAUGAAACAAUUAUUUAUGGGGAUGACUGGAAGUUUCUGGUCCCUGACCUCAUCUGUGAUGUUGCUAAUAAGCUUUUAUGGAAGAUCCAUAUAGACUUGGAGGCAAUUGCUGCUAGUAGCUCAGAGGUUCCAUCAGUAUUAGAAUUCCUACAAAGGCGAAAGUUGGAAGCCAAUAAGGCUAAACAACUAUGCUUGGCAAUUACACGAACGGUUAUUCUAGAAUGCAGACCUGUCCCUAUGGUUGCUAAGGCAAUGGAUGCCAUAGUCUCCUCUUAUUCUCUCUCUAUCAAAACAGGCAGUUUUUUCAAGGGAAUAAAGGUUGAGAGGAGUCUCACAGGUGUACCAAAUGUCAACAGCACUGGUUCAGGUACUGAUGUGCCUACUAGCCGAACAGAUGGAUUGGGAAAAUCCAUCAAAUAUGAGUCUAAUUCCAGAUACAACAGUGGACUCGUUAAUAGGUCUUCAAGUUAUUCAGCUUCAGAUUCUGAGGAUAAUGGCAGCUCUGAACCACUGAAAACCAUCUCAGAUAAUACCCCUGAAGCUCAGCCAUCAUCUUUACAAUCUCAACCUCCAGGACCCAUUAACAAUCUAGUAAAUCCUAAUGUCUCAGAGCAGCAGGAGACUCAGCUUGCCACACCUGCAAUUUCACCUGAUGAGAUGUACAAAUUUGUAUUUGCUGCUGUUGAGGAAGAGAUGGUUGAAGAGCCUUCUUAUCUAGUUGCUAUCCUUCUUGAGUUCCUUCGCAGUGCUAAUGUGGAAAAGGUCAAAGUGCAUCCAAAUAUUUAUGUGUUAACCAUACAACUAUUGGCCUGCAGUGAUCGGUAUGCAGAACUAGGACUGUUCAUCAUUAACAAGAUUCUUGAACCUUCAAAGGAAGUUGCUUUUCAGCUCUUAGAAUUGGGGCGUGAAAAUCUCCAAACUCGGAAGCUGGGCUUGGAUAUGCUAAGACAGCUCUCUUUACAUCAUGACUAUGUGCUGUUACUAGUGCAAGAUGGGUAUUAUCUCGAAGCUUUACGUUAUGUACGGAAGCAUAAGGUCACUGGUGUUCGACCCUUGUUGUUCCUCGAAGCAGCAUUUGCAUCCAAUGACUCGCAACAUCUAGCUGCCGUUUUGAGAUUCUUCUCAGAUUUUAUUCCUGGCUUUCAAAGCACCACAGAUUUCUGUGCAUACCACCGGGUUCUUGGUGAGAUGAAUGGAACAAUCACUGUCUGAAGAUCGAAGCCAAAUAAGAAAAAAAGAUGCAUCAAAUUGCAAUCCUCUUGCCAGUAAUCAGUUAGCACUCAAAUCCUGUCUCUACAAGAUGGAAAACAAACUGUUUUGAUGAGUAGGUGGGACAAAAGGGGAUGUGUUUCUUUGAGCCAAAAAAAAAAAAAAAAAAAAACUAAAGUUCUUCAUUCUUUGUUGGAUCCCAGGAGGCUGGACACGAAGGCAAAAGGUAAUCACUUUGUCCCUACAAUGCCAUAUGUGAUUUGGAGAGUUCAUACCCAAUCUAAGCUAGUUUCUUGUGAUUUGGAGAUUAUAGCUACUAUAAAUUGUAGCUUGUGCUUCUUUGUAUCAUCAAAAUCAUUAUCUUUAUUAGGCAGAAUCCAACAACUAGGAUAUGAACUUCUUUACCUUUUUCUAAACAAAUAAUACAGGACGAUUGCAAAA